AUGGAGAUUAUGGAAGAUGGGAAUUUAGUCGAUCGUGUAAGAAUUUUGUUACAACGGGAUAUGGAAUAUUACCAGGAGAUGCAAACUGUUUUGAGAGAACCCCUCUGCAUACGCAUCAGUGGUGGAAGACUCGAUUUUCCACGGCAUGCCUCGUUCGCCGCGAUUAAGAUUGUCACAUGGUGGGAAGCAGACUUCACGGCCGCUUUUAAGCGCGCUUCCGGUUUGAGCUCCUCCGGGAAUGAAAGCGCGUCCAGCAUCGAUAGUGAAGAAGGUGUCAUUAAACGAAUCCAGCCGUCCGAUUUUAUCAUGCUCGUUGUCGACACCGCCGAACAAUUGUUAGAACAUUUACAUACAUUAAUACAAGAAUCUUUGGAUCACGCUGAUCUCACUGUACUCACCGCAACUUUAGGUGCAGCAGCAUUGGUACGUAAUUGCUUGUGGUGUUACAAUCAACAUGCGAAAGGAACAAUCUCUUCUCAAUCAAGCGAAAAGAUUAAUAAAUCUUAUAAAGCAUUUCACGAAAUGGCCGAAGCUGUGGCAGAAAGAUUGCUCGAUCUGCAUUGUCGAUUAAUUUCCUUAUACAUUCUUAAUGAGGCGGAUUCUCUCAGUUGGCAUAGCAACAAACCAUUCUUCGAAAAAGAACGAUGCUCUUAUGUUAUACAAAUGUGGUGGCUGUAUAUGCAAGGUACUAAGGCGGAUUUAUGGAACACAGUUUCGCCUAAGAUGGCACAGCGCGUAUUUUCAGAGAUGCUAAAUGAGUCUCUGUCUAUCAUAACUACGCGAUUCAUUCACGGACGACCGACACUGGCGCGAUCCGAACAAUUUUGGUCGGACGCCUUUAAUGCACUUUGCUGUACGGGCUAUCUCGCUUUAGGCGCGUGUGGUGAUAGCGAUGCAAUGAUUGGUGCGCGUCCGCAUAAAUUGCCGAUAGCAAUAAGAGAUAUACACGCAAAAUGUAAUGAACUAUUAAUCUGCUUGCUGCUUAGAGGCACUCCUCUCAAAGAAUUGUAUCAGGUCUUCCGACAUGGAUUAGAAAAUUUGGCGAUACUGCGGCCUCGACGCGGUCCUGCACCUUGGUUACUAAUAUGCGCCCCAAAUUUAUUAGGAUUAGAUAAUAUUAAUCCAGCUGACAUUAUAAAAUUACCCGCUGAUAAAGCUGUCAUUCUUGAGUUGAAUGUUUUGAGGCAUCAGCCUCAACCUAAUUGGCCUCAAUUGAUGAAGGUGAUAUCGAUGAGCAAUUACGUUGUGGCAAAGAUGUUGCUGAAGACUUUAGUAUCUCAAAACAUGGGCGUUACGUGCGUGGACGACAGUGACGCAGUUGGAAAAUCGAAGAAGAAUGAAAAAAGUUGUAGCGGCUUUUUAUGCAGUAGUUCGGCGUGUGACAAAACGCUAAAAAUAACUUCGUCUCUUACAUUAUACAGCUUAUUUCACGUAUUGGUGGUAACUGUUAACAAACCGGAGCAUGUAAUUGUACCAGCGCUAAAGCAAGAUCCGAAUUGGUCCAAUUAUUUGGACAGACUGCAGGUCUGGAAUCAAUCGCGGCCACCUUGGCUCAACGCGCUGAUAAAACCGUUGAAGAUCAUGAUGCAGCCUGUGGCUGAGGCUCUUUUAGAAGCCGCAAAAACAGGUGCCAGUAUAUAUCAAGCCAUGUCUCUUGCGAUCGGCUGUUUCGCCGAGUUGUACGUGACCGCCUCGACUCCGGUUUUACGCGCUGCGUUUGCGUUAAACGACAACAUUCCCGCGCACUGUCGGCCGAUCGGUGGCAACGUGUUGCUCCAAGUGUUAUGCGCUGCUCUGUAUUCUACCCUUCUGGAUGUGUCCACAAAGGGCAAGAACGAACCUCAUGAUACACCGGGUUCCGGGGACACAUGCUGUGAGCUGAGCCCCUUCAAUCCGUAUGAUAGAUCUGCUGCCGCAACGGCGCUUGCUGAAGCAAUUUGCAGCAUCGACGAGGACAAUAAACAUACAUCGCAGAUAGACUCCUUCCUGCUUCUUGUAAAAGAUAGCCUCAGGAGAGACCAUCAGAAUCCGAGAAAUGGUGAAUUACAAAACAUGACUUGCGUCAUCGAAACUUACACGGACGAAUUGUUAUUCACGAAUAUCGGACGACGUUCUUUAAAAAUUGCAUACGAAUAUCUUGUUCGAGCGUCCGACUGGGUAUUAAGUAAUUUACGUCGCGGCGAGGAGAGCAGGCAGGUAGAUUUGAUUAAUCUACCGGAAGUCUCGCCCAUCGUAAAACCUCUCACACAUAUAAUGUUUCAUAUUGAGGACACAUACUUUGAUCAAUUUAUGACUAAUUACGAGGCAACAAAUUGGUCAAAGAUAUUAACAAUGCCUCUAUCAAUUACUUUGGAGCGUGUACGAAGUCAAAUUCUCCUAAGACCGGAGUUCAAAAACAUCGGAGAUCUGAGCCAUGAAGAUAAAGAAGUGGCGCAAUCUAUCAAAAGGAUUUGCUCGUUCGUCAGGUCAGCUCGUUUUAAAUAAGUUAUAUGCACUAGUAGCGCGCGUUAAGUAAUAUAUAUAUAUAUAUAUCUCUUUC